CCCUGCACAACACCGAGAAUUUCCAACAGGUUAUGGGCCCCGGCACGAUUAGACUCUGAUUACGGUAUCUCGACUUCUUAAUUCGCCCUCAUUCAUUACCUACUAUGAGUAGCAUGACAAAUGCUCUGAUUGACGAAGAAGGAAGGAAGGGCGGCGCACCUGGUGCAACAGCUCUGAUCGCACGAUCAAGGGGAUCAAGUGGCCUGAAGCAGAACAUCAGAUGUUACGCAUGUGGCAAGACUGGCCAUAUUAGUCAUGAUUGUGGCACAAAAUGGAACAACAGUGCUGAUGCUGCAAAUAUUGUGCAGAGCGAUGAUGAAGAAAUGGAAUAUGCCUUUUGAGGCAACUUUGGUGGAAAUUUGGUUAUAUCUUUGUGAAUUCCCUUAGCCCCUUGGUAGGAAUGUGUUUCUGCUGUGGUUUAGACUGGGUCCAGCUAGCUUGAUAUUGGGAUCAGCUGGCUGUAAGUAGCACUUGGGGCUCCUGCAGCAUGGGUGAGGAUAGGGAAUGGUCACAAGUCUUGGGAUAUAAUUGGGAAUUUUCGGACUAUUUCAAGUUUCAAGGGGAGACUUGGGAUAUUGGGACAUUUUAGGAUAUAUUGGGAUAUUCUGGAAUAUUGCGGCAGGAUGCCAUAUUGAAGGGGAGUGUUGGGAUUUUGCUGGAAAGUUCUAGAAAGGGCAAUCCGGCAUCAUGCCGAGAGUUGAUGAGUAAGCCCGAGAGAAAGAGAAAGUUGUAGUAAAUUCUAGAUACAAGCCUGGAGAGUAUAAAUACAAGCUCUGUAGGAGCUGCAGAAUAAGGAGUUCAUACCUUCUGGCCUUACCAGCCUGGAGUCUA